AUGGAUGCAAGUGAAAGGAUCGAAUUGGAUAUUGAUGAAUUUGGAGUUCCGUGUGGUGGCGAGUCAUCUCUUUUUGCAUCCUUUCUUGGGACGAUUUCAAAGAACAACACCUUGACUCCACUGUCGAUAGAGCAUUGGAAAAGAAGAGAGUUUAAACCAUUUCACCGGAAAAUACUGAAAAUCACCAAGUCAAAGUUUUGGUAUCCUGCCUAUCUGGACAAGUGGAUUUUGCAAGCUGUUAACCGGAAGUGGGCAGAGUUCAAGUGUGAUCUAAAGAACAAGCACUUUGGAUUUGGGAAAACAGUGGAGAGCAUUAUGGCUGAGGGACUCCCACAAGGUGUUACCGAUGUAACUCAGUGGUACACCUUGGUAGCUAGCUGGUUUACAGAGAAAAGCAAGAAAAUGAGUAAAGUAAACAGCGACAACGCUAAGAAGAAGAAGUUGCAUCACACGGCAGGAAGGAGGAGUAUUGCAAGGAUAAGAAAGGAAUUGAGGGCAAAAUUAGCCAGAGCCCCUACUAGACUUGAAGUUUUUGAAGUUCUCCAUAAGAGGAAUGACGGAACAUACAUUGAUGACUAUGCUAAGGAUUUCAUGGAUAAAGCAGCCGAAAUGGAGGGCCCUAGGGAGGAAGUUUUUCAGAAGCUAGCAGGCUCGGAGCAUAAUGGGAGGCUCCGAUGCAUGGGGUUAGGGCCAACUCCGACCACGUAUUUUGGAGUGUGCUCAAGAGGGGCUGCAUGUGGAUCGUGUUCGGCUGGUCAUUCAUGUGCAGAUGCGACUGCUUUGAAAGAGGAGUUAAGGGAGGUGAAGAAACACAUGGAUGUCAUGGCGAGGUUCAUCAGUAGACAGUUUCCCGGACAAAACUGGAUGGAAGAUGCUGAAAACAAUCAUGGUGUCACUAGUGAAGCUGCUCCGUCAAUGGGUUCUCGAGCUUCGUGA